AAUAACAGUAAUAAUAAUAAAAAAAAACAAUUUUAUCCAACUCACUUGAGAUGAAGAGAUAAAACUUGCUCUCUUGCAUGAGUUGUGGAAGUGCUUUUUCAUGUGGUCGGAAGAUGACUCUGGUACUGGUCAUUUUUCUGCUGGGCCUUUUGCGAAGAACCAGCGUGAUGGGAAUAGAGCUGAAGUUUAUUCCCGACCCCCCGAGACUGAACAUCCCAGGUAGCGUUCACAAGAUCAACGUGAGCGAUGCGCUGGAGCUCAGGUGCAGUGGCCGACAGCAUGUGGAGUGGAAGACCCCCUACAAUCGCAGCUACGCCGAAGGCCGGCUGGCUCUGGCUGACUGCAGUGGCUCAGGCCUCUUCUGCACCUUUCUGGUCCUCACCAAGGCCACUGCUAAUGAGACGGGGGAGUACAGGUGCUCCUACAGGGACCUGCCUGCUGAGGACGGGAAGACUUCUGUGGCGGUUUAUGUCUUUGUCCAAGACUAUAAGGUGCCAUUUGUGCGAUCCUCCCAGAAUUACGAUGUGGUGUUCAUCCGGGAGGGACAGCAGGUGGUCAUACCUUGCCUGGUGUCUGUGGAGGAUCUGAACGUCACUCUCUACACGAAGUAUCCAAAGAAGGAGCUGACCCCCAAUGGCCGCGAGGUUGUGUGGGACAGCCGCAAGGGCUUCACUGUGCCCAGCCACCUGAUCAGCUAUGCAGGCGUGGUCUUCUGCCAGACACGCAUCCACAAUGACACCUUCCAGUCCUCCCUCUACAUAGUGGCAGUCGUGGGGUAUAAAAUCUACGAUCUGACGCUCAGCCCCUCCCAGCAGCGGCUAGCAGUGGGGGAGCGGCUGCUGCUGAACUGCACCGCCCACACCGAGCUCAACGUGGGCCUUGAGUUCCAGUGGACCUGCCCGCAGGGCAAGGUGCUGGCGAAUGGCUCAGAGACUCGGUCUCAUAAGAAGAAGCUGUGGGACUCUUUGGAGCUGUCCAGCACCCUGACAGUUGAAAAUGUCACCGUCAAUGACACGGGAGAGUACACCUGCCUUGCGUCCAGCGGGAAAAUGUCCCGAACCGCCAGGGCCUCUCUGGUGGUGUACGAGAAACCCUUUAUCUUGCUGAAUGGGGUGUGGCCACAGACUGUCGAGACCACCGUAAGCGACCGAGUGCUGAAGGUCCCUGUGAAGUACCUGGCCUAUCCACAACCAGAACUGAAGUGGUAUAAGAAUGGGCAGCCUCUGAGCAGGGAGGAGCUGAAGUACCGGGUGCGGGUUGGGAGGGACAUGAUCACCAUCCAUGACAUUGCUGAAAAGGAUGCUGGGAAUUAUACAGUGGUGCUGAGGAAUCCCACAACCAAGGAGGAGCAACAGCGCUCCUUCCAGCUGCUGGUCAAUGUUCCUCCUCAGAUCCUGGAGAAGGAGGUGGCACAGGACAGUGACGUGCACAUGUAUGGGAGCAGCCCCACGCUGCGGUGCACGGCGCGAGGACUCCCCUCUCCUGUGCACAUCCAGUGGCAGUGGAUGCCCCGCGAGGACUGCCCCUUCAGCUUCCUGUCAGCGGGAUGGAAAUCAGGAAUGAGUCAGAAGGAGUGCAGCAAAUGGAGGGACAUUGCAAAUAACACCGGGAAGAACCCGGUCGACAGCCUGACCACAGACACUGACCGCUCCCACAAGACUGUCAGCUCGCUGAAGAUCCAGAGGGCAGAGGUGCAUGCUCUCUACAGGUGUGUGGCGUCAAACAAAGUCGGCCAUGAUGAAAGGGUCAUCUUCUUUCACGUGACACGUGGCCUGGAGCUCAGUGUGUGGCCGUCCCGGGAGCCACUGGUGCAGGACAGUGUGGUUCUGAAGUGUAAGGCCGACCAGCUGAUUUACACCAACCUGCACUGGUUCUGGGUAGGAACCAAUGUCACGAACCCAGCUCAGUACCCCCCAGUGCAGCCCUGCCGCGCCCUCACCCUGCCCAAACAGCCCCUCCCCCAAGCUGUGCUCUCCGGCCUGCAGGGCCCCAACCUCACCCUGGAACUGCCCCUCACCAACGUCUCCCACCGAGACCAGGGCCUCUACGUCUGCCAGGUGGAGAACAUCAAAACCCAUGAGAGGACUUGCCUGCUGCAUAACCUGGCUCUCAGAGCCCUUCAGGUGUCGAAGAUCUUGGCGAAUCUCACUGACCAGAGAGUGAAUGUGAGUGAUACAACCUCGUUCGUGUGUGAAGUGACCGGAACACCAGCUCCAACGGUCCUGUGGAUCAAAAACAACAAGACCCUGGCGGAGGGAUCAGGUGUGGUUCUGAGCAAGGGGAACCGGACACUGACUAUCCAGCGAGUGAAGAAGGAAGACAACGGCCGCUACACCUGCCUGGCCUGUAACAGCCAGGGCUGUGACUACUCCAGCGCCUCUCUCUCUGUGGAAGGUGCAGAGGAGAAGACCAACGUGGAGCUGAUUGUGCCCAUUGGUGCCGUGGUCAUCGCCAUGUUCUUCUGGCUGCUCAUUGUUUUUGUGAUCCGCAGCAGAAAGAGGCCCACCCGAGGAGAGCUGAAGACAGGCUACCUGUCCAUCAUCGUGGACUCAGAGGACCUGCCCAUGGACGAGCACUGUGAGAGGCUCACCUACGACUCCAGCAAGUGGGAGUUUCCUCGAGACCGUCUGAAGCUGGGGGAGCCUUUGGGGCGAGGAGCGUUCGGGCAGGUUGUGGAGGCGGCUGCGUUCGGCAUCGAGAAGGCUGCCACUUGCACCACAGUUGCGGUGAAGAUGCUGAAAGAGGGUGCCACCUCCAGCGAGUACAGAGCCCUGAUGUCUGAGCUGAAGAUCCUCAUUCACAUCGGGCAUCACCUGAACGUGGUCAACCUGCUGGGAGCCUGCACCAAACCUGGAGGUCCGCUGAUGGUCAUUGUGGAGUACUGCAAGUAUGGAAACCUUUCCAGCUACCUAAAGAGCCAGCGUGGAUCAUACAGCCCCUUCAAGAGGAAGCCCCUGCAGUCCUGGAAGGACAGUCCCCAGGUGAAAGAGGACCUGAGCGAGGGGGAUCUGGGUUUGGGGACAAGCGCUCACCUGGACACCUACAGAGGGGGCUCCUGUUUCCUGGAGGACCCCUCAGAGGCACACCUGCAGCUCCAAGGAAGUGAUACCACAGAGAAGAGCCACCUCACCAUGGAGGACCUGAUCAGCUACAGCUUCCAGGUGGCCAGGGGCAUGGAGUUCCUGUCCUCACGCAAGUGUAUUCACCGUGACCUGGCCGCCAGGAACAUCCUUCUCUCUGAGAACAAUGUGGUGAAGAUCUGUGACUUUGGCCUGGCGCGAGACAUCUAUAAAGACCCCGAUUAUGUCAGGAAGGGAGACGCUCGAUUGCCUCUGAAGUGGAUGGCUCCGGAGACCAUCUUUGACCGGGUUUACACCACACAGAGUGACGUCUGGUCCUUUGGAGUGCUGCUGUGGGAGAUUUUCUCUCUGGGCGCGUCUCCAUACCCAGGCGUGGCCAUAGACGAGGCCUUCUGCAGGAGGCUGAAGGAGGGCACCCGUAUGAGGGCCCCUGAGUAUGCCAGCGCUGAGAUAUAUCAGACCAUGCUGGACUGCUGGUUGGACAGACCCACAGACAGACCCACCUUCUCUGAGCUGGUCGAACACUUAGGGAACCUGCUCCAGGCCAGCGCGCAACAGGGUGGGAAGGACUACAUCCCUGUGACAGAGGUGCAGCUGGAGGCAGUGUCUGAAGCAUCUUACUCCUGCAAGCCCUUGGAGGACGGCACUGACGUUCAGUUCCACUACGACAACGCUCCCACCCUGAGAUUCACCCCUCAUAGCGAGAGAUGCAGGGGAGUGGUCACAGCCAAGGUGCUGGAGGACAUCAUGGCGGAACACAGCGUCGUCAUGGAUGGGCAGGCAGACAGCAGGAUGGACUUUUCACCUGAGGAGAUGAAGAACCUGAAUCCCCAGCUGUCCCAAACUCCCACCUUCAGUCCUCUGCUGCGCUCCAAGAGCAGGGAGUCUCUGGCUUCUGAGUCGUCCAACCAGACCAGCGGAUAUCAGUCGGGGUAUCACUCAGACGACACUGACACCCCGAUCUAUGCCAAUGAGGAGAUGAUCCUGAAGAAGAGUGUCAUGAUGAAGGCCCCUUUGAAGACCUCACAGAAGUAUGGUGUGGAGGUGCGCUACAGUGCACCCCCAGUGUAGACACCCCCUCCACCCCCAGACUCUCCCUCUGCCCCCAGUACCACAGAC